AUGUUUCUUUUAAAGGUCGUCCUAGCAUUCCUUUUCUCGUGCAACUUGGUUGCCUCUGCUUGUAAACCAUUCGAUUAUGAUCCCGAGAUCGGUGCCUACGGCAACACCACAUGCCAUCUCUGGGAUUCGGACGACUAUGAGCACGACAAGAGGAUGAUUAUUUAUGCUUACGACAACGACGCUUACCACCAAUUCAUAAGUCUAGUGGGUCUCGAACUUGCUAUAGAAGUAUUGGAGAUUCUGAAACGCCUGCAAGAUAUUUUGCGAGAAGUUAUUGAGAGCCACGGGGACAUUUCUUCCAAGCAUGCAAGUUGGGGGUUCCGAAAGCUUCUUCCUUGGAACUGGCUCAUGGACAAAUAA